AGGCUGCCGAAAAUCACAGAAGACUAACAACUGGAUAACAUUAGCUUGCUAAGUUACACCAGCGCUGUGUUUUCAAGUCUAGUUUGCCAGCAAAAGCUUGCCAUGAAUUAAUACACACGUCGCUUCAGUGAAACAUUUCGUGGCUGGUUGUAGAGCGGAGUCAGGCAUGUGUGCCUCUGGUAAGUACAGCUCGCGGGGUCCGGCUCUUAUCCCGCGGAUGAAGACCAGGCACCGCAUCUACUACAUCACCCUCUUCUCUGUGGUGCUGCUGGGGCUCAUCGCCACGGGCAUGUUCCAGUUCUGGCCACACUCCAUUGAGUCCACAGCCGACUGGACCCUGGAUAAGCGCAGUGUGCACGAUGCACCUCUGGUUCGUCUCCCUGUCUCCAGCCCUAUUCCUGAGAGGGGGGACCUCAGCUGUCGCAUGCACACCUGUUUUGAUGUUUACAGAUGUGGCUACAACCCUAAGAACAGAAUCAAGGUGUACAUCUACCCGCUACAGAGAUUUGUGGAUGAGGUGGGGGUUCCCAUCAGCAGCACAGGGCUGUCACGGGAGUACAAUGACCUGCUCAGCGCCAUCUCGGACAGUGACUUUUACACCGAUGAUGUCACCAGGGCUUGUCUCUUUGUCCCCUCCAUUGAUGUACUGAACCAGAACUCCCUGCGGAUCAGAGAGACCGCCCAGGCGCUGGCCAUGUUGCCCAGGUGGGACAAAGGGAUGAAUCACCUGCUUUUCAACAUGUUACCUGGAGGCCCCCCAGACUACAACACCGCCUUGGAUGUGCCCAGAGACAGAGCACUGCUAGCUGGUGGCGGUUUUUCCACUUGGACCUACCGGCAAGGUUAUGAUGUCAGCAUCCCAGUUUACAGCCCUCUUUCUGCAGAUGUUGAGCUGCCUGAAAGACAGCCUGGGCCGCGGCGCUACUUUAUUCUGUCAUCUCAGACUGCCAUCCACCGUGAAUAUCGUGCUGAACUGGAGCGCUUGAAGGAGGAAAAUGGAGAGGCCCUGCUCCUCCUGGACAAGUGUAGCAACCUCUCUCAGGGAGCCGCCUCUGCACGCAAACGCUGCUACAAGGGGCAGGUGUACGACUACCCACAAAUCCUGCAGGAGUCAUCAUUCUGUGUGGUUCUGCGUGGGGCGCGUCUGGGUCAGGCUGCCCUCAGUGAUGUGCUGCAGGCCGGCUGUGUCCCCGUCAUCCUCGCCGACUCCUACAUUCUGCCGUUCUCUGAGGUCCUCGACUGGAAGAGAGCAUCCGUGGUUAUUCCAGAGGAGAAGCUUUCCGAGAUGUACACUAUCCUAAAGAGUAUUCCUCACAGACAGGUGGAGGAGAUGCAGAGACAGGCACGCUGGUUCUGGGAGGCCUACUUCAGUUCCAUGAAAGCUAUUGGCCUGACAACACUCCAGAUCAUCAACGACCGCAUCUAUCCUUACGCCUCACGCACUUAUGAGCAGUGGAACAACCCACCGGUAGUGAAGUGGUCUAGUGUGAACAGCCCUCUGUUCCUGCCCCUGAUUCCUCCGAGGGCACCUGGGUUCACAGCCGUGGUGCUGACCUACGACCGCAUCGAGAGUCUCUUCCGGGUCAUCACAGAGAUAUCCAAAGUGCCCAGUCUGGCUAAGCUGCUGGUGGUGUGGAAUAACCAGAACAAGAGUCCUCCUGAAGAGUCCCUCUGGCCGAAGAUAGCCGUGCCUCUCAAAGUUGUGCGGACCAAAGAGAACAAGCUGAGCAACCGCUUCUUUCCCUACGACGAGAUCGAGACAGAAGCUGUGCUGGCCAUCGAUGAUGACAUCAUCAUGCUGACGUCUGAUGAACUGCAGUUUGGCUACGAGGUGUGGAGGGAGUUCCCAGACAGGCUAGUGGGCUAUCCCGGCCGGCUGCACCUCUGGGACCACGAAAUGGGGAAGUGGAAGUAUGAGUCGGAGUGGACAAAUGAGGUCUCCAUGGUUCUGACUGGAGCUGCUUUCUACCACAAGUACUUCAAUUAUUUAUACACGUACAAGAUGCCAGGAGACAUCAAGAGCUGGGUGGACGCUCACAUGAACUGUGAAGAUAUUGCCAUGAACUUCCUGGUGGCUAACAUCACAGGCAAAGCCCCCAUAAAGGUGACCCCCAGGAAAAAGUUCAAGUGUCCCGAGUGCACGGCUAUUGAUGGACUCUCCCUGGACCAGACGCACAUGGUGGAGAGAUCUGAGUGCAUCAACAAGUUUGCGUCAGUUUUUGGCACCAUGCCUCUGAAGGUGGUGGAGCACCGCGCUGACCCGGUGCUCUAUAAGGACGACUUCCCAGAGAAGCUCAAAAGCUUCCCCAACAUCGGCAGCCUCUGACCAGCCUGCAGCAGAUAUGUGGACCCCGGCACAGCCUCAGCACAUCUGUAUUUCCCACCACCUUUUUUUAGUCCUGUUGCAGCACUAAUAUUGGGAAUGAAGUGUUAGAUGCUCCCACUCCCCCACAAUUCAGUGGAAUUCCACCUUGAUUUUUUUUUUUUUUUAAUUAAUUAUCUUUGAUGCUAGUAGAGUAUGGACUAGAUAUUAGGUUUCCAUUGUUAGAGCCUGUACUAUUCUGGUGUUUAAAAUGUUGAAUUCCAGAGGAAAUGAUGUCGAUGUUUUGGAUGAUUGACUAGACGGAGGCUGUUGAAAGCUGCGGGAUGCGCUCGGUAUUGGGGUUGACUUACCAGCGUGAUUCAGUAACCCCAGGCUGUGUGACUGAAAAAAUCCAAGUGCAUGGCAUCGAUUUACUUAUUUGGGUUAACAAAGUGAAAAAUAAUGACCAACUCUAAUGCAUAAACUUCCUACUGUUACAUGAACUGCUGCUGGAAGAUCAGGGCAGCUGUGAUGUUUGACGGACUGAAUAAGAGGCUUGUGGUCCCCUGUUACGGUUUUGGAGCCGGAGACUCUGUGGGCUCUGGUCGCUCUGGAAUGGGUGUAUAUAUUGCAGAAGUGCUGGCUCACAGCAACUGGAGAACUGUACAGAUAUAUAGUAUGGGAGAGACGCUCAAGCUCAUGGUUAAUAGUUUAAAAAAAAAAAAA